CCAGAGUCCAGCUGUGUGUCUAUGAGGAGUGACGCGUCUAUGGAUCCGCUGUUAAAGUUUAAGAGUGGAAAUACACAGAAUGAUCUGAGUUCAGUUCAUCAGAAGAGAUCGGAACCAGAGUCCAGCUGUGUGUCUAUGAGGACUGACGAGUCUAUGGAUCAUCAAAUACAUUUUCUGAGUGGAGAUACACAGACUGAUCUGAGCCAUGAAGUCCUCAACAUGUUUAGAUCAAAUCUGAGGAAGAAGUUUGAGUGUUUGUAUGAGGGAAUAUCAAAGCAGGGAAACCCAACACUCCUGAAUGAGAUCUACACAGAGCUCUACAUCACAGAGAGUGAAAGUGGAGAGAUCAAUAAUGAGCAUGAGGUGAGACAGAUUGAGACACUGUCCAGGAGAGCAGAAACAGAGGACACACCGAUCAAAUGCAAUGACAUCUUUAGACCUUUACCUGGACAAGACAAACCCAUCAGAACUGUGCUGACAAAGGGAGUCGCUGGCAUUGGAAAAACAGUCUCUGUGCAGAAGUUCAUCCUGGACUGGGCUGAAGGGAAAGAGAAUCAGGACGUCCAGCUCAUAUUUCCACUUCCUUUCAGAGAGCUCAACUUGAUGAAGGACAAAACACUCAGUCUUUCAGAUCUUCUUCAUGUCUUUUUCCCUGAAACAAAAGAAAUGGAAAUAUCCAGUGACAGAUAUAAAGUGUUGUUCAUCUUUGAUGGUCUGGAUGAGUGUCGUCUGUCUCUGGAUUUUCAGAGCGAUGUGAGGUUGUGUGAUGUGACUGAAUCAGCCUCAGUGGACGAGCUGCUGAUGAACCUCAUUGCGGGGAAUCUGCUUCCCUCUGCUCUCAUCUGGAUCACCUCCAGACCAGCAGCAGCUGAUCUCGUCCCCUCUGAGUGUGUCCAUCGAGUGACAGAGGUACGAGGCUUCAGUGAGCCACAGAAGGAGGAAUACUUCAGGAAGAGAAUCAGUGAUCAGCGUCUGGCCGACAGGAUCAUCUCACACCUGAAGAAAUCAAGGAGCCUCUUUAUUAUGUGUCAAAUCCCAGUUUUCUGCUGGAUCUCAGCCACUGUUCUAGAGAAGAUGUUGAGUGAAGCAGAGAGUGGAGAGAUUCCCAAGACUCUCACUCAAAUGUACACACACUUCCUGAUCCUUCAGACCAACAUCAAACAUGACAAGGACUAUGAGAAGAACGUGAAAGAUGAAGAUAUGAUCCUCAAACUGGGGAAAGUGGCUUUUCAGCAGCUUGUGAAAGGAAACCUGAUCUUCUAUGAGGAAGACCUGAGAGAGUGUGGCAUUGAUGUGAGAGAAGCAUCAGUUUACUCAGGAUUGUGCUCUCAGAUCUUCAGAGAGGAGUUGGGCUUGUAUCAGGGGAAAGUCUUCUGCUUUGUUCAUCUGAGCAUUCAGGAACAUCUAGCAGCUCUAUAUGUGCAUCUCUCCUUUAUAAACAAGAACAUCAAUGUGUUUGACCAAAUCUUCAAACAGAGUUUGCGAUUGAACGUUAAGGACAUGUUUAAACAUGUUUCAUUAUCUGAGCUGCAUCAGAGAGCUGUGAAUGAGGCUCUACAGAGUAAAAAUGGACAUCUGGAUCUUUUCCUGCGGUUUCUUCUUGGUCUGUCAGUAAAGUCUCAUCAGGUUCUCCUACAAGGACUAAUGAAACAGACAAGAAGCAGAUCUGACAGCAAUGAGGAAACCACUGAGUUCAUCAAGAUGAAGAUCAGCACCAUUGACUCUCCUGAGAAAUCCAUCAAUCUGUUCCACUGUCUGAAUGAACUGGGUGAUCAUUCACUAGUGGAGGAAAUACAACAGUAUCUGAAAUCCAGAACAAUAAAGGAAGCCAAACUCUCUUCAUCUCAGUGGUCAGCUGUAGUUUUUGUGUUGUUGACAUCAGAUAAGAUGCUGGAUGUGUUUGAUCUUAAUAAUUUUGUUAAAAGAAACAAUAAAACUGAAAAACUAAAGGUUAUUCAGAAGCUGCUGCCCGUGAUGAAAGAAUCCAGAUCAGUUCAAUUGAGUGAUUGUGGCGUCACAGAGGAAGGUUGUGCAGCUCUGAUUUCAGCUCUGAGAUCAAACCCCUUACACCUGAGAGAACUGGAUCUGUCGUGGAGUAAAAUAGGAAAAUCAGUGAAUCUGCUGUCUGAUGUACUACAGGAUCCUAACUGUAAACUGGAAAAACUGGGAUUGAGUGAUUGUGGCGUCACAGAUGAAGGUUGUGCUGCUCUGACUUCAGCUCUGAGAUCAAACCCCUCACACCUGAAAGAACUGGAUCUGACUGGGAAUAAAAUAGGAAAAUCAGUGAAUCUGCUGUCUGAUGUACUACAGGAUCCUCACUGUAAACUGGAGAUACUGCGGUUGAGAUAUUGUGGAGUUACAGAUGAAGGAUGUGCUGCUCUGACUUCAGCUCUGAGAUUAAACCCCUCACACCUGAGAUUACUGAGUCUGUCUGUGAAUAAACUAGGAAAUUCAGGAGUCACGCUGCUGUCUGGUGUACUGGAGGAUCCUCACUGUAAACUGGAGAUACUGUGGUUGAGGGAUUGUGGCGUCACAGAUGAAGGUUGUGCUGCUCUGGCUUCAGCUCUGAGAUCAAACCCCUCACACCUGAGAGAACUGGAUCUGUCUGUAAAUAAACUAGGAAAAUCAGGAGUGAAGUUGCUGUCUGAUUUGAAGGAUGAUCCACAUUAUAAUCUGGAGACAUUAUACUAUUGACUCUCAGUAUUUAGACGUCAGUUCAGUUUCCUCAGGAUCAGCUGACGGUGAAUAAGGAGCCACUACAGAGUUGAAGACACAGAGACACACAGCGAUCACACUGACAUGUGUGCUUGAAUUUUAUAGUAAUGACUCAUGAAAAUGAGGGCUGAAAAUAGCAACUUUUAUUUGUUGCAAAUUUGUUAGAUAUUAUAAUGUGGAUGGUGUAAAACUCAAAAUACACGGCAAGUCAUUAAAGCAAACUGAAAAAAACAAGCCAUAGACAGAUUUAUUGUGCAAUACAGACAAUGUUGGGAAAAGUUUUUUACAAGUUUCAUUAAAGAGUCUGACUACAGAAGAGACAGAUGUUGUAAAUUUGUCUACAAGCAGGGGGCGACAAAAAUUACGCAAAUAAUUUCACUGAACAUUUCUUUCUGUAAAAUAUUUUUUAUUAUUUAUUUGUGUAUAUGAUGAUCUAUUAAAGUU